AUGUGGCAGGUUCUCAUGUUAAUCUUCUCAUUAGCUUUUUCUCAAUCAAGCUUAAAGGAAUGCGAGAUGGAGUGAGCAAAAGUUUUGAAAGGAGCUGAAGGAAUUCUUGAUCCCAACCCAUCUGACUAUACAAAGAUGUUUAGAUACUCAGGGUUUAUGAUUAAUAACUUAGGUGAAUAUGAUCCCUGCACGGAUAUUUCGAUUGCAAAAUACACUGUAAUUGAGAUAGUGUUUCCGUUUAUGGUUAUUACUCUUUGUGGGCCAAAAGUUUGUAUAUUUUCUUGAAUUAAUCUGUUAAAAAUUAAAUUUUUUAUGUUAUGCUAUUAAUCUUAUCAGUUUAUAUGCUAAACACCUAAUAAGAGUGUACAGAGGAGGAUUAUAUCCAAAUAUUGACAAAUUCAAGUUUUUUUCACCAAUUACCAUCUGCCCUAAAAUCCCAAAAUUCCCAGAAAAUUCUUACUCAGUAUCCAAAUACUCCAAUAGUUUUCCCCAAAGAAUACAUUGAUGACAAUUUCAGCGAUUAUUCAGCCGGUGCAAUAUUAAUGAUAAUUUUUAUUGCAAUUAUUGCUUUUAUAUGCUUAUCCGCCACUAUUUUAGAGUAUUACGAGAUAUCAAAACCCCAAAGUAUAGAUAAGCUUGGCUCUGAGCCACAAGAGAGAUCUUUGGCUAUUAAAUACUUGCUUUGUUUUUCAAUGAUUACCAAUUUAAAAAAACUAUUUAUAAGCAGAAGCCAAGAAAGAUUAGGGAAAAAAGAUACGUUAGAGUUAUUAAACAGUGUCAGGGUCCUUUCAAUUGGAUGGGUUAUUCUUGGCCAUACGUGUUUAUUGCUUUGAACAGAGGCAGUGAUUUCGAAUGGUGACCAUUUUAUUGAUAUUUUGAAGAGCUCUGAUAUGAUUAUUCCUGCGAGUGGAGAAGUAUCAGUUGAUACUUUUUUUUGGCUUGCUGGGCUAUUAGUUGCAUAUUUGUUGAUAGCUGAAAUUAAUUCUCCUAACUAAGCUAAACGAUAAAGGACUCAUAAAAUUUAUGAUCUAUUUGAUUUUCCAGUUAAUUUUAAUUUUUAAUGAAUUAUUUUAUAACUUAUAUGAAGUAUACACAUAGCUUUAGGUCAAUAUAUAGAUAUCCUAAGAUAGUAAGAAAGCGAAUUGGAUCAUGAUUUAUGUUCAUAGAUACCUCCGUCUAACUCCUUUAUACUUAUUUGUGAUUUUAUUCUAUUGGUCUCUCCAAAAGCACAUCGGGAAUGGCCCACUGUGAUAUAGAGGAAAUUCCAUAAACGAUCCUUGCAAAAAGUAUUGGUGAACUGAUAUCUUAUACGUAAAUAAUUUUGUUCCCAACUGAAAAUCCAGCACUUGUUUAGGCCAAGCAUGAUAUUUAGCUAAUGAUAUGCAAUUUUUCAUAAUUACUCCCCCAAUCCUUUGGCUUUACCACAAAUACCAUAGAUCAUUUGGGUGGGUUUCAGUGAUUUUAAUGAACAUUCUGUCAAUUUUAAGCUCAGGCCUUAUAGCUAAUCAUUUCAAUCUCAAUGCUGUACCAAUUGCAGCUGAAAGUGGACAAAAUGGAUAUUGGUACUACUAUGUAAAACCUUAUUGCAGAAUCGGGCCUUACGGUCUUGGAAUAAUAUCAGGCUUAAUCUUAUAUUCAUACAGAAAAUUCCAAGAUAAGCAAAUUACCUAUGAUUCAACAGCGAUCUGGGUUGCUAAAAAAUUUGAAAAUAUUUAUUUCAGGUAUAUUGCUGGCUUUAUAGGACUAGCAUUGAUUAAUAUCAAUAUUUUUGUAUUGUAUGACACUUUUAAGCACCCCGGGAAAGGUCUUACAUACCCGCAUUGAACUGAUUCAGAGAAUGUUGCUUUUAUUGCCUUCAAUAAAGUAACUUUUGGCUUGGGGAUUACUUUAGUCCUGCUGCCAGCACUUCUUGGACACUUUAAUUGGAUUACUUGAGUACUUUCCUGGGACAUAUGAACUCCACUCGCAAGAAUGACCUACUGUGUUUAUUUAAUCCACUAUAACAUCCUUGAUAUCAUUUAUAGGAGCCAAAAAGUGGCUACAAUCUUAAGUGAAUUUACUUGAAUCCGUGAUGCGAUAUUUUUCUUUGUCAUUUCUUAUAUAAUUGCGAUUCCAUUUGUGCUAAUGAUUGAAAUGCCUGCUUUGGCUAUAGAAAAGCUAGCAUUUUCUUCAAUUAGAGCUAUAGAAGUUUCCUAUGUUUGGCGCUGUAAAGGCCGAUAAAUUCUGAUCGGAAUUUAUCGGUAGGUUGCACCAAAUCAAUGCCUUGGUCGGACCAAAAAGCGAUUUGGUCCGACGAACUUGGAAAGCUCCUGGGAAAAUGUCUGCGCUUUUAGCGCUAUAUAGAGGAAACCUCUAUAAGCCAUCGGAAGAUCAGCAAAAUAAAUCAAUUAUUCUUCAGCCUUUAACUAAAUCACUUCAGAUAUAGUCAGUUAGGAAGAAAAUUUCCUAUUUUUAGUUAGCAGCAUUUGAAUUGUUUUUCAGUAGGUAGUGCAAUUAUAAUUGUAUUUUAAACAUCGGCACACUAGAUAAAUUUUUUUAUUUUAAAUCAUUUUAUCAUAAAAUUCAAAAAAUUGAAUUUUAUUUUAUUUUUAAAAAAUUUUAUAACCCAACUUUUAAAUUGAAGAAAAUUUCUUGUUUCUAUUUAAAGAAGAAGGAUUAAAGGAUAA